CAAAAUGUCAUCAUUUGUCAAUAUUGCAAAACUUUUUAUUUCUAAAAGAUUGUGAGCAUUCAAAACGUUAACUAAGGGCACUAUAUAUUAAGUUUGAGGCUGGAUUCUCAAGAAUUUGGUAGUUGAAAUUUUUUAUGUAGAAAAUGGCUAAGGAAAAUGAAAAUGGGACCAAAUUAUCUGAAAAUAGUUGUGAAGAAUCUGCUAGCAAAGGAACAGAAUUGAUAGACAAUGUGAAUUAUGAGUUAACUCCUACUUUAAAAGAAAAGUUAAAAGAUAUACCGGAAGCCAUGGAAUAUAUAGAAAAAUUACAUAACAUCAUAAAGAGACAAGUCAAGAAAAUAUAUAAAUGGAAGACUAGAAUAAAGAGAAUUCAAAAACGUAAAGAUAUAUGUACACAAACUGAUGACGCUCCAAGUUUUAAUAAUAGAGAAACAAAUGUCGAUGCAAAAGAGGAAAUUAAGACUUUAGCAGAUGAUAUUAAGGAGGCUGCAGAAAUAGCUGUACAAAAUUCAGGUUUUGUAUAUGAAGAAACGUCCGGAUUGUAUUAUGAUUAUAAUACAGGAUAUUAUUACAAUGCGGAAUAUGGCCUGUAUUACGAUGGCACUACAGGAACUUAUUUAAAGUAUAACCAGGAGACCCAGUCCUAUGAGUAUCACUCCCAAGUUCAAAUAUCUCAAUCCUCAAUUCGAAGAGAAAAAGAAAAUGAGGAUGUUGUAGGGAAACGAAAAAGUAAAAGUGGGCACAAAACGAAAGACACCCCUAAACGACAACGCGGCGCUGAAGAUUCUCGUCCCCAAAUAGACAUUGAAGAAGGCGAAUGUUCGGAAAGCAGCGAUAACUACACUGAUGAAGACAAUAAAUCUGAUAGUAGUGACAUAUCUAGACAGUGGCCUCCCUGUAUGAGAGUAAUAGUGGAAAGUUCCGACGUCUCCAAAGUAAAAGUGGGUUCGUUGCACAUAAUAACAUGCGAUGGAGGUAGUUUGGGUAGAGAAGGCAAUCAUUCCAUAAUCAUACCCGACAUAAACACAAGUAAACAUCACCUAAAAUUUACUUUCGAUAAAGGAAAUGGGAACUAUUUUGUCACUGAUGUAGGAUCACGAAAUGGUACCCUUUUAAAUAACAAACGAAUGUCACCAUCUAAGCAAGAAAGUGAUCCGAUACACGUCAAACAUGGUAGUAAAAUACAGAUUGGAUCUACCGUAUUGCUGUGUCAUAUCCAUGAUGGAAAUCACACCUGUGGCCAUUGUGAGCCAGGACUCGUACAAUGCACUAAAGUUACUUCAGAUAAAAGAAUUUAUAAAGCAACUAGAGCUGAAAGACAUAAAAAGGAGUUGAAAUUGUUAAGGAAAAAGUGUGGCAUUGUAAGUUAUGACGAGGAUCCAAAGUUAGCAAGUGGUUAUACUGACAGAGCGCAACAGAGAAGAGAAACAGUUGGCAGCCAGAAUCCUCAUGAAAAAACUCAAGUAGCCUCACUUGACGAAUCAAUUUCUACUGAGAAUAAAGGAUUUAAAUUGCUAUCAAAGAUGGGAUGGAAAGAGGGUCAAUCAUUGGGAAAAGAUAAUAAAGGAAUGCUUGAACCCAUUCCACUAGUCUCUAAUAAAGGAACUGCAGGCAUAGGUUGUACUGAAGAUGUUUGUAUAGAAGCAAUGCCACCAACAGAAAAGCAAAAUGUAUGGAAGAAGACUCAGGAAAGAUUUCAAAUGUUACCAGAAACGAAUGAAAUAUUUGAAGGGGAUUCUGAUGAAUAGAGACUAAAAUUUGUGGUUAUGUUUGUAUUUAUAUAUAUGUAGGUAUUUUUUGAGAAAGAGGCAUCAAUACUACCAAAUAUUUUUAUAAAAUUUCCACAAAUUGUGGACAUGUUUUACUUUAAACGAAACACUGUAUAAUUAAUAUAUUGUGAACUUUUAAAGCAAUUACUGUAGGAUAACACAAACAUGUAUGUUGAGUCGUUAUGUAGAUUAUGAAAUUUUAGUUACAAUAGGAUCACUCUGCGAAAAAAACCUGUUUUUACAUGUUUACCAUAAAUGUGUGAAUAUUUUAAUAAAAAUAUAAAGCCACAUUUUUGUGAAAGUUAAUUUUGUAAUUAAUUAUAUUUUAUAC